UUCUCUGAGACAGAGCAGCAGCAAAUGACCAUCGUCACGCCUCAGAUGAUCAGGGCGACUAGGGUAGCAUUGAGAGAAGCAGCCAACAACAGGGCAGCAGCAGCAGCGGCAGCGUCGGCAUCAGCAGCAGCAUCUGCUUCGCCACUGCGACGCAGCGCAGCUUUCCCCUCCUUCGCCUCUUCUUCUUCCUCAUCGUCGGCAAUUUCGCCGUCUCGCGCUCAUUUUUCAACAAGCGCACGACGUUGGGCUGACGACAAGGCUCAAAAGGCAAAGGAGGACCAAGCGGCUGGCGAGGCGAUGGGAACUGAGGCCAACAAGCCUGAGGCUGAGAAGAAGGAUGGCGCUUCUUCCGAGGUGGAGAAGCAGCUGGCUGAGAAGGACAAGAUGAUCAAGGAGCUCAAGGACCAACUCCUCUACUCGAAAGCCGACCUCCAGAACACUCAGCGCCGCGCUCAGGAAGAGAAGUCUCAAGCCUCAGAGUACGCCAUCACUAAGCUGGCACGAGACCUUACCUCUUCCCUGGACAUCCUUCACCUGGCCUUGCGCUCAGUUCCCGAGGCGAUGCGCAAGCCCGCGACAGACGGGGCAGACGAAGCCCGCAAAGCAGUCUCUGAGCUAUACAGCGGUGUAGAGCUGACGCAGAAGAGCAUGACGGACAUGCUCCGUACGCACGGGGUGACCAGCUUCGACCCUACGGGCGAGAAGUUCGACCCCAAUGAGCACGAGGCUAUGUACCAGGCACCGGUCCCAGGUAAGGAGCCGGGAAGCGUGCUGGAGUGCUCGAAGAUUGGCUUCAAGAUCAAGGGGAGAAUAUUGAGGCCGGCGCAGGUUGGUGUGGUGCAGGGUUAGACGAAGAGGCUGAGGGGCAUGGCAUAAGGGUACGGAAGGGGCUGGGAUCAGAUGGUGCGGUCACGCGAAUAGGAGGAGAGUCGAAACGGUAGCACCGAUGGGGUCAUGUCGAGGGACAUUAUAGCACUUCACGCGCAUACACACAUCCACUCCUCAAUACAGCAAUGCACGCCGUGCGCCACGGAUUCCAUUUGCGAUGAUUUCUUGCGUGCAUUUCACCUCUUCUUCUUCCCGACCACGGUGGUAAACCCAUCCUCAUCAACGAUGGGCUCUUGCUUCUCCUUGGGCUGCCUGGCCUGCCCCGACCCCUCAGCGGGUCCAUCCACUUCCAUAUCAUCGUCACUGUCGUCUUCACUACUCUCCCC